AAAAGUGGUUUUGAAUGUAAUAUCUCAUUACCUAAGCUAGCACACCUAUCAUCAAUCGGAUAAAUCUUAGAGGAUAUAUAGGAUAUGUAGUAAACUUGUGCACCGUCUAAAUAAGUUUAAAUUUCAAAACAAUAUGGCUUUCUUCAUUUCAAUUGCAGUAUUUUUUCUCUUGAAGUGUUCCGCGGCGAUGGAAACGGUUACUGUAGAGACAAAAAUCGGUGCGAUAAGAGGAUAUGCAAGGACGAUAGACCCAUUUGGAAAGCCUCUUAGAGUUCGACAGUUCCUUGGGAUACCUUACGCCGAACCCCCUGUAGGUGCACUCCGGUUUCAGAAGCCUGUGAUGAAAAGAAGAAUAGAUGGUGUUUAUGAUGCAACGAACUACAGGCCUGUCUGUCUACAAUUCCCUAUGGUUCUUUUAGGAAAGCGGUUUAAGCAGUCUAACGACUGCCUUGCGCUGAACAUUUACACGCCGGGUAAUCUUAGAUCAGAUGAGAAAGUUCCCGUUAUGAUUAUUAUUCAUGGUGGGGGUUUUGUCAAUGGAGCAUCAAACUUGUACUCUGGACAUAUAACAAGCUCGUAUGGAAACGUUGUCGUGGUAACUAUCAAUUACAGAUUAGGCCUUUUUGGAUUUUUGAGCACUGGGGAUUCAAACUUACCAGGAAAUUACGGACUCUGGGACCAACAUAUGGCUGUACGUUGGGUUCAUGAAAAUAUUGCAGCCUUCGGAGGUUAUCCUGAACAAGUGACUUUACUAGGGGGCUCAGCCGGUGGGGCAAGUGUGAUUUUGCAAGCAAUGUAUCCUGGUAAUAAAGGGCUGUUCAAGAGAAUUAUUCCCCAAAGUGGGAGCAUAACAUGUCCAUGGGCUUAUCAACACGACUCACUACAGAAUGCCAAACGAAUGGCAAAUAUUGUUGGUUGCGCGACUGACGUAGAUUCGUCACAACUCGCAUCUUGUCUUAGGAAAAUUCCCGACGAAGCUUACAUGGAAGCUAUGAAUAAUCCUGCGAAUAACUACAGAAGAUUUCCUCUGGAAUUCGUAGUUUCUGUUGAUGGAGAAUUCGUUCCAUUAUCUACUUGGGAAAUGCUUCAUAGCUAGGUUGAUAUUGCAAAAGAAAGGCGGAAUUUUUUCCGCAGCAUUGAUGUUAUGAUAGGACUCGUGGGGGACGAAGGAUUCAUGAUGAUUACGCCUUUUACAGGCGUUGAUACAGGCACAUUUUCAACGAACAGAUCUCACUUUGAAAAUGAAUUAGUUCCGGAGAUAAUACGUGUAAUAUAUGGAGAAAAUAUUCCAGACAGUAUAAAAGCUGUCGUUGUUUCUGAAUACACGAACUGGAAUGACCCAGAAAAUAGCGAUAAUACUUUUGACUCUUUCAUGUGUCUAAGCUCCGAUUAUGUGUUCAACAGUCAAACAAUUGACAUUACAAAAAUCCAUGCCACAAAAGAUGGGGAAAAUUCCAAUACGUAUCUUUACCUGUUCAAUGGUCUUCCCUCUCAGCACAUACUGUGGGUACCACCAACGUGGAAAAGGGGAUCAGUUCAUGCUGACGAGUGGGCAUUUCUUUUAGGGUACGAUUCUGAUACAGGAUUUACAAGCGCGACGGCUCCGUAUGGUCAGGAACCGGAGGAAUGGGAAAUUGAAAUGUCAAAAGUAGUUAUCAAGAUGUGGACAAAUUUUGCGAAAAGCGGGGAUCCAAACAAGCCUGAAAGUAUUCCGGUUGUAUGGCCAAAGUACGCAUUAGAAAAUCAACUAUAUCUCAAUAUAAGUAGAGAUAUGUCAGUUGGACAGCGAUUGUUUGAGAGAGGAUACAACUUUUGGACAAAUGUUCUGCCUGAACUUGUCAAGAUGGCGAAGCCAGAUACGAAAGAGAAAAAAUUGUAUUGCGAUAAAAACGGUGAUUGUCCACCGUAGUUAUAAAAAGAGCUUGACGUACCGUUAGUGAACAACAUACAUAUAAACAAGACUCUCAUGGCGCUUCAUCUGUGAACACAAAGUAAUGCAAUAUUUUUUAUUAAGAAGAUAAUUACUAGAAAUAUGGUAAAGAAGAUCAAUGAUGUAAUAAAGAACUGAAAGUACAAGAAAUGUAAGUCAAUAGAGAGGCUGAAAUUUCGAAUGCAUAUGGGUACGACCAUUAUAUUUUAGCAGCUGCAUGGAUAGAUGCACGUUUCUGUUUCACAUUGAUUUGCUAUUUUUAUCUGUAUUUAUAGGUGAUAAACAUCUCAUGUUAUGUUAUACACGAAAUCUUUUACUUAGUGUUACAUAGUUUGAUUUAACUGUAAAGAACAUUUUAAACUUAUAACAUCAGUUAGGUCCCACCAGUAUGGUGAUAUCCGAAAGAAAUAUUAUGUAAUGACAUAAGCAAUGUAUUCGCCUAUCUGUCCGUCUGUUAGCCAUUUCGUUUCCACUUAGUAUCUUAAGAAUGUUUUGACCUAUUAUCCUCAUACUUCAUAUAGGCAUUAUUGCUCGUGGGCAGUAGAUGGUCCCGUUGAAUUUGAGAUCUCUGGGUCGAAGGUCAAGGCCGCCUAUCAACACAGUGACACAGCUUCUGGCAAUGAUCUUCAGAAGGUCUUAAUUUACUAUCCUAAAACUUAGUAGUCAAAUUUCAUACGUACCUGCAUGACCCCACUUGAUUUGAAGGUCAUAGGGUCAAAAGCCAAUGUUACAGAGGUUGUUAGUACAAAACCCAUUUCUGCAAGGGAUCUCUAAGAAUUUCAAAUUUGGCAUACCUAGUGCCCAGGGUUUAACCUACAAUUCUCAAACUUGACACUAGGCAUAUUGUACAUGGACAGUCAAUGGCCAUUCCGUAGUGGUUUUGUCGGUUGUUCUUAAGAUUUUAGAAAACAUUUGACAUGGAGUUUUGGAAGUUUAUAAGUCAAACAUCAAUGGUCACUUUAUGCGAAUUUAUCAGAUGAACGUAUAUAUUACGUGAUAGACUUCUAUAUUAUCUUUUCACCCUAUGUAUAUUUUCCGUACUAUCUUUGCACCCUGUAUAUUUUCAGAAGCUUUGUUUUUUCCCGCGAUUUUAGCCAUGCCGGCUUACGAACGUUAAUUUCCCACGUUUUGUGUAAAUAUACUAUAAUAAGAAGAGAGUGAGAGUGAAAGAGAGAGAGAGAGAGAGAGAGAGAGAGAGUAUUUCGUUUUGCUUUGUUUGAUCUAUAAUUCGUAUGAUACUGUUUGCAAGAAAAAUAAUAUGUCCCAGGCUGUAGAUUCAGAUGGGAGUACCCAGCUCUCGGGAAACUGUUUUGGUGGUAACUCGACACAGCCUCGUUACUUCCAAAAACAGGUACUCUCGAACCAGAUCUGCGUCUAUAGUCAGUGACAGAUUAUUAUAUUCUUAGAUUUGAGAAGCAUAUUGUUUCUGGGAUAUAAUGCACAGUGCUAAUCUGGUAGAUCUGGUAGAAAUAAGCAAUUUAUUAGCACUGUCUUGUAACAAAGGAACAUGGCGGAGGCUCAAGAAAUACGUUUGACUCUAGUAAACUUGUUUUAACUCCUCACUGGUGGUUUUGCUCGUGGCCGUUGCAAGACUGUAUCCUUUUAUGAUAAUUCUUCCAUGUAUAUUUGUGUCGGGUUUACUAACGUUAUAUGCAUCGUAUAGUUUUUAGGCUUUUGAAAUGUAAAGUUUUUGUGUUUUAGACUUUAAUCAGACUAUAAAAGUUUCAGUGUU